AUGAAUUUACUUAAAGUUUACAUAAUUUUUACAAUUGUCGUUGAAUUGUUUAAAAAUGCAUUAAAUAUUCGCCGAAAAUGUGAAUCCAAUGCAAGACUUGAUGGACGAGUAGUUGUGAUAACCGGUGCCAACACUGGGAUCGGCAAACAAACAGCACUCGAGCUCUCUCUUCGCGGACCUAAGAUAAUCAUCGGUUGUCGAGAUGUGGAGAAAGGCGAGAGAGCCGUACAGGAGAUCCAACUGAAGAAUCCCAAAGCAAACAUAGUUGUCAUGAAAUUGGAUUUGGCAUCACUUUCAUCGGUCCGACACUUCGCCCAAUCGGUGGCAAAACAGGAGACCAAAGUUGAUAUCCUUAUAAACAACGCCGGAGUUAUGAACUGUCCGGAGUGGACCACCGAAGACGGCUUUGAGAUGCAGUUCGGGACCAAUCAUUUGGUUGAUAUCCUUAUAAACAACGCCGGAGUUAUGAACUGUCCGGAGUGGACCACCGAAGACGGCUUUGAGAUGCAGUUCGGGACCAAUCAUUUGGGUCACUUUUUGCUGACGCUAUCAUUGAUGCCAUUAAUCAAGAAGUCGUCGAAAGCGAGGAUCAUAACAGUCUCAUCGAUGGCCCACAUGUUGGGAACCAUUAACUUCGAGAAUAUCAAUCUGCGAAACCAGGCCUACGACCCGAUGAUAGCCUACAGACAAAGCAAAUUAGCGAAUGUACUCUUCACGAGACAACUCUCUCGGCGACUGUCGUCUCAAAAUAAUAUCAAUUGCUAUUGUCUUCAUCCGGGAAUCAUUAAGACUGACUUAUGGCGACACGGAUCUGCCGGCGGUCUCCUCAAGAAAUUUCUUCAUUACUUAUUGUUUAUCGACGAACAACUCGGCGCUCAAACCACUCUCUACUGCACUCUUGAUGAACGUCUGGACACCGAAACCGGAUUUUAUUAUGAGUUAGCAUUUGAGCCGUUAAUCAAACAAUUUGUUGAUUGCCUUCGAGUCGAUGAGAAAGACAUGGUUUUCAAUGCAAAGGAUGACUUGAGUGCCCAAAUGCUAUGGAAAUUGAGCUCAGAUUUGGUGAAACUUGAAGAUCAUCUCAAACUUUAAUAUUAAACUCAUUUCAAAGACAAAUACUUUAAAAGUAUUAAUGUUUUGAUAAUUGUAUUAAUGUUAAUGCCGUAUAAAAAUUAUUAAUACAUC